GAAGCGACCAGCGUCCACGCCCGUUCCGCGGUUUCGCCAUGGCCACCUCCACCACCGCGCUCCACCCGCAAUUCCGGCCACCGCUGCGCGCUCCCGCCCGUCACCGCCCGCUCCCACACUCCUCGUAUUCCUCGUUCGCCCGCGCCCGCCCUCGUACUACCAUCCGAGCCUCAGCAGCGUCCGCGUCCGCGCCGGCGCAGCAGGAGGCCGUCGCGGGCGUCCCGUGGGGCUGCGAGAUUGAGUCCCUGGAGAGCGCGGCGUCGCUGGAGCGGUGGCUCAUAGAAUCGGGCCUCCCAGAGCAACGCUUGGCCAUCCAGCGCGUGGAUGUCGGCGAGCGCGGCCUGGUCGCGCUCAAGAACAUCCGCAAGGGGGAGAAGCUGCUCUUCGUGCCGCCUUCCCUCGUCAUCACUGCCGAUUCGGAGUGGAGCCGCCCAGAGGUGGGGGAGGUGAUGAAGAGGAACGCCGUGCCGGACUGGCCGCUUAUUGCCACUUACCUCAUAAGCGAAGCCAGUUUAGAGGGAUCGUCGAGGUGGAGCAGCUACAUAGCAGCGUUGCCAAGGCAGCCUUACUCGCUUUUGUACUGGACUCGUGCAGAGCUAGAUGCAUACCUGGUGGCUUCGCCAAUCAGGGAAUGUGCAAUUCAGAGGAUAACUGAUGUGAUUGGGACAUACAACGACCUUCGAGACCGUAUAUUUUCUAAACAUUCAGAUUUAUUCCCUGAAGAGGUAUAUAACAUAGAGACAUUUCUAUGGUCCUUCGGCAUUCUCUUCUCGCGCCUGGUUCGUUUGCCAUCUAUGGAUGGAAGGGUUGCACUAGUUCCUUGGGCAGAUAUGCUUAACCAUAGUCCUGAGGUGGAAACAUUCUUGGACUUCGAUAAGUCAUCGCAAGGAAUAGUUUUCACCACUGACCGUGCAUAUCAACCAGGUGAGCAGGUUUUUAUAUCUUACGGGAAGAAAUCCAGUGGUGAACUAUUGCUUUCAUAUGGUUUUGUUCCAAAAGAGGGGACAAACCCAAAUGAUUCAGUUGAGUUGCUGGUGUCUCUUGAUAAAUCUGACAAGUGCUACAAAGAGAAACUAAAAGCACUAAAGCGAAAUGGUUUGUCAGUAUCUGAAAGUUUCCCUUUGCGGGUUACUGGAUGGCCAGUUGAGCUGAUGGCUUAUGCCUUCCUUGUGGUCAGUCCUCCUGACAUGAGUCAACGCUUUGAGGAGAUGGCUGUUGCUGCAGCGAAUAAAAAUUCAACCAAACCUGGUUUUAAUUAUCCUGAAUUGGAAGAACAGGCUCUUCAGUUUAUCCUGGACUCCUGUGAAUCUAAUAUAUCAAAGUAUUCUAAGUACCUAGAGGGUGGAAAUGGCUCUCCACAAGGUUCAAUAAAUGCAAAGCAAGCCAACAGAACCUUACUGCUAAAACAGCUAGCAAAAGAUCUGUGCAUCAGUGAACGGAGAAUCUUGUAUCGGACACAAUAUAUAUUGCGUAGAAGAUUGAGGGACAUGAGAGGUGGCGAACUUAGAGCUUUAUCAUUGUUCAAUGGGCUCAGAAAGCUCUUCAAAUAAAUGGAUCAGCUACAUUUCUAGGUGGCAUGGAUCGUAUUGGAUAGUUUUGGUUUCCCUGGUAACACGUUUCAGGUGCUUUGAUCUUGCAGCUUGAGCAUCCAAUGUUUGGUUACCAAAUCAGAUCGCAGUCUCAGCCGCAAAUUUCUUAUCUGGAGAAGCAUCUAAAUGCUAUAAAGGAGCUACGGUUCAGCAAAGGAUAGUUGUGAAUUGUAAUUGAACAGCCCAUAGCUUGGCAUAUAUGUAAGAGUAAAUUCUACAUGUAAGCCUGUAAGAUAGAUUCUACGAAAGGAGCUGGCCGGUCGUUCUGUUCUGAAUUCUGAUCCGUGCUAUGUAGUCCCCAUAUCUGAUGUUUAUGUCAGUACAGACUGUAAAUCCAUGGUGAUCUGCAGCUGCUGAAAA